AGGCGCUGACAGCGCCGUGCCGAGCCGGGCCCGCCGCCCUCAGCCCGCCAUGGCCGAGCCUGCGGCCUCUUCCAGCUCCGGCGCGUCGUUGCCGCUCAUUGAAUCAGAGCUUUACUUCCUCAUCGCGCGGUUCCUGAGCACCGGGCCCUGCAGGAGAGCGCUGAAGGUGCUGGUGCAGGAGCUGGAGCAGCACCAGUUGCUUCCUAAAAGGUUGGAUUGGCAAGGAAAUGAGCAUUAUAGAAGUUAUGAAGAAUUGGUGCUGUCCAACAAACACGUGGCUCCAGAUCAUUUAUUACAAAUUUGCAAACGUAUUGGACCUAUCCUGGAUAAGGAGAUCCCCCCCAGCAUUUCCAGAGUGAAUUCCUUACUUGGGGCAGGGAGACAGUCCUUGCUCCGGACAGCAAAAGAUUGCAGGAACACUGUUUGGAAGGGCUCUGCAUUUGCUGCUCUUCAUCGAGGCAGACCCCCUGAAAUGCCGGUGAACUAUGGCACCCCACCAAACCUUGUGGAGGUGCAUCGAGCAAAGCAAUUGACUGGCUAUGCCAAGUUCAGCAGUUCAUUCCCAGGAAGUAUGUACCAGCAUGUCAAGAUGCACAGGAGGAUCCUUGGCCAUCUCUCUUCUGUCUAUUGUGUUGCAUUUGACAGGACUGGACACAGAAUAUUUACUGGCUCAGAUGACUGUCUGGUGAAGAUCUGGUCCACUCACAAUGGCAGAUUAUUUGCCACCUUACGAGGACAUUCAGCGGAGAUUUCUGACAUGGCUGUGAACUAUGAGAACACCAUGAUUGCGGCUGGCAGCUGUGACAAGAUGAUCCGAGUGUGGUGUCUGAGGACUUGUGCACCAGUUGCUGUCCUCCACGGGCACACGGGGUCCAUUACCUCGUUGCAGUUCAGUCCCAUGGUGAAAGGCUCCCUGCGGUACAUGGUCUCCACUGGGGCAGAUGGAACUGUGUGCUUUUGGCAAUGGGAUACAGAUUCCAUGAAAUUCAACACCAAGCCAGUGAAGUUCACAGAGAAACCCAGACCAGGGGUUCAGAUGCUUUGCUCUUCCUUCAGUGUGGGUGGUAUGUUUCUAGCAACUGGCAGCACUGACCACGUCAUCAGGAUGUAUUUUUUUGGCUCUGAGACACCUGAGAAAAUAGCUGAAUUGGAAAGUCAUGCUGACAAAGUUGACAGUAUUCAGUUUUCUAAUGGUGGGGACAGGUUCAUUAGUGGCAGCAGGGAUGGAACAGCUCGGAUCUGGCGUUUCGAGCAGGCAGAGUGGAGGAGCAUCUUGUUGGACAUGUCUGAUCGACUGCUGGGUGACACUUGUGCAGAAGAAGACAAAUUCAUGAAGCCUAAAGUAACCAUGAUAGCUUGGAACCAAAAUGACAACUACGUUGUUACGGCUGUGAAUAAUCACCUGCUCAAAGUCUGGAACUCCAGUACAGGGCAAUUGCUCCAUGACUUGGUGGGCCAUGCAGAUGAAGUGUUUGUCUUGGAGACCCAUCCCUUUGACUGCAGGAUAAUGCUGUCUGCGGGUCACGAUGGCAACAUCUUCAUCUGGGACAUCACCAAAGGCACCAAAACAAAGCAUUAUUUUAACAUGAUUGAAGGCCAGGGCCAUGGAGCUGUUUUUGACUGUAAAUUUUCACCAGAUGGGCAGCAUUUUGCAUGCACAGAUUCUCAUGGGCAUCUGCUGAUAUUUGGCUUUGGCUGUAGCAGGCCUUAUGAAAAGAUCCCUGAUCAGAUGUUCUUCCACACGGAUUAUCGGCCGCUGAUCCGGGACUCCAACAACUACGUGCUGGAUGAGCAGACUCAGCAGGCCCCUCACCUCAUGCCCCCUCCCUUCUUAGUGGACGUGGAUGGAAACCCUCAUCCAACAAAAUAUCAAAGAUUGGUGCCGGGAAGAGAGAAUUGUGCAGAUGAACAUUUGAUUCCUCAGCUUGGAUAUGUAGCAACAAGUGAUGGGGAAGUUGUUGAGCAGGUGAUUGGCCAGCAGACGGUUGACCAGGAUGAGCCAGGCUUGGAGCCCAGCAUUCUGGAUGGGAUGAUCAGACAGCUCCAGCUGGAACAGGAUCAGAGAACCGGAGCUGAUCAAGAAUCUGCUCCAAGUGGCCCCCAGAACGCGGAGGGAACACCCAGGAGAGCUUUCAGGAGGCCGAGUUUGGACAUCCAGUCCCCUCCCAACAUCGGGCUGCGGCGCAGCGGGCAGGUGGAGGGCGUGCGGCAGAUGCACCAGAACGCGCCGCGCAGCCAGAUGGCCACCGAGCGGGACCUGCAGGCAUGGAGGCGCAGGGUGGUGGUGCCAGAGAUCCCCCCCAGCUUGCUCAGGAAACAGGAAGAAUAUCGGAUUGCAAAGGGGGAAGAAGAGCGAGAUCUUUAUGCAACAGAGAAGAAAAAGUCGUUCGAGUCACUGGAAAAGAGUGACUCUGAGUCUUCCUUGAUCCAAUCGAAGCGUCGACUGCACAGACGGAAAUAUUCCAACUACAGAACCCGGAAUAACAUCGAACAGCUGGAGUCCUCUGAGGAGGAGAGGGACAACUGCUUUGGCUUGAUAGAGCAGGAAGCUGAAGAAAGUGAGGGCUCUGGUUCAUCUGAUGAAGAGGAAGAGUGGAGAAGUGACAAGAAAAGCAACAGCAAUAGUUCUAGCGAUUCCUCGAGCAGAUAUUCCGACUGGAUCGCGGAUGCCGGGAUCAACCUGCAGCCCCCGGUGCGCACCUCGCGCAGGAAAGCGUUCAGGUACUGCAGCACCUCCGAGGACGAGGUGUCAGCUGAGAAAUCCUCGCCUCCUAAGAGGAGAAGGAGGAAGAGGAGGAAAAAACCCAAACCAAAAAAGCAGGAGGAGGCUGAUGCUGCAGCACAACCACUGAACUUGGAGCUGUCCUAUGACUGGCACCCUCCAGUCUGGAUCACAGACACGGCUCUCCGAAGGUCCCCGUUUGUCCCUCAGAUGGGGGACGAGGUGAUAUAUUUCCGACAAGGGCACGAAGCUUACAUUGAGGCAGUGAGAAGAAAUAACAUUUACGAGCUGAAUCCACACAAGGAGCCUUGGAGAAAAGUGGUGCUUAGGGAUCAGGAAUUGGUAAAAAUUGUUGGAAUUAGAUACGAAGUUGGUCCUCCCACGUUGUGUUGCCUCAAGCUUGCCUUUAUAGACCACGCCACUGGGAAACACACAGACAAAUCAUUUUCCAUCAGGUACCACGACAUGCCAGACGUUAUCGACUUCCUCAUCUUACGUCAGUUCUACGACGAAGCCCGGCAGAGGAACUGGCAGGCCUCCGACAGGUUCCGCUCCAUUAUUGACGAUGCCUGGUGGUUUGGGACGGUGCUGGGUCAGGAACCUUACCAGCCUCAGUACCCAGACAGCCACUUCCAGUGUUACAGUGUCAAAUGGGACAAUGGUGAGAUUGAAAAGCUGAGCCCAUGGGACAUGGAACCAGUGCCUGAUAAUGUUGAUCAGCCUGAAGAAUUGGGAGCGAGCGUCUCUGUGACUUUGGAAGAGGUGGAGAAGCUCCUGUACAAACCCCAGGAGGGGGAGUGGGGGCUGAAGUCCCGUGAUGAGGCCUGUGAAAGGAUCAUCCGUGGGAUUGAUCAACUCAUGACUCUUGACAUCUCAGCAGCUUUUGCUGGCCCAGUGGACCUGUGCACGUACCCCAAGUACUGCACGGUGAUCGCGUAUCCCACGGACCUGACCACCAUCCGCACCCGCCUGGCCAACAGGUUCUACAGGAGAAUUUCAGCAUUGGUUUGGGAAGUCAGAUACAUUGAAAGCAAUGCCAGAACCUUCAAUGAGCCUGGGAGUGCUAUUGCCAGAGCUGCAAAAAAAAUCACCACCCAGCUCCUAAAGUUUAUCAAUGACCAGGACUGUACAAACAUUUUUGAGUUAUGUAGCACGACAGAUGAUGAACAAGAUUGUCAUGAUGCUGAUCUGGAUGAUGAAAAAUGUGUUCCAAGAACAUCAUACAGAAGAAGAAAAGGACGGGGCUUAAAAAAAGGAAAGAACCUGAAAAGUGGCUAUGAUGAAAACUGUUGGAAGAAGCAGUGCAUGGAACUGGUGAAUUUAAUUUUCCAGUGUGAGGAUUCAGAACCUUUCAGGCAGCCAGUUGAUUUGGAUCAAUAUCCUGAUUACAGACAUAUUAUAGACACUCCAAUGGAUUUUGGUACAGUGAAGGAAACUCUGGAAGCUGGGAAUUAUGACACUCCAAUGGAACUGUGCAAAGAUAUCAGACUGAUAUUCAGUAAUGCAAAAUCUUAUACUCCAAACAAAAAGUCAAAGAUUUACAGCAUGACCUUGAGAUUGUCAGCGCUGUUUGAAGAGAAAAUCCGAAGAAUUGUUUCAGAUUUCAAGAAUGGGCAGAAACAGAACGAAAAGCUGCGGAGAAACCAGAGGUACACGAGAAGAUUUAAUAAUCAAAGCUCAGUGCAGCAGCCCACCAAAACGCUCAGAAAUCUGAAGCAGAAACCAUUGAAGUCUCAGGCCAAACUUGAAUCCGAGCAGGAAGAUUCUUUUCCUCAGCCUACCUCAAGCAGAGCCGCCUGUGUCACAAGCCAUAAACCCAACGCUGGCUCCUACAACCAGAGCUCCUCGGGAGAAUCCUCGGAUUCUGCCUGCCUGGCAUCCUUUGAGAGGAAUGGGAAAGCCAGAUCCACGACAUUAACUAACUGUUCUGCUUUAUCAUCAGAGAGUGAAAUAGAAGGUUCUGGGGUUUCUUCAUCCACUUCCUCUUCAUCUUCAUCCUCCUCAAGCAGCUCAGAAGACAGCAAAGGCUGUUCUGGGGCUCCUGUGUCCUCUCCCCUGCACAACGGGGUGUGCAGGAGGAACAGCAGUCGCAGGCUGACUCGGAACAGGGCUGCUCAGAGGAAACAGACAGGAACACUCCUUCAGGAGAACGGGAACACAAGGAAAGCGGUCAGGAAGAAGUUAUAUGGCAGCAACUCUGAAAACACUUCGGCGCUGACAUCCGAGCCCCUCGGCAACAGUAAGGGCAGGCACAGGAAAACCCCACGCAGGAGCGCUGCUGUGGCUGCCAACAAACUGAGGCUGAUGAGUGACGUGGAGGAAGAGGUGUCGAGCUCAGAAAGCAUCGGGAUCUGCAGGAACAGGAAGCUGCCGCACCGCAACGCCUCGGCCGCCGCCAGGAGAAUGCUGCUGGAGGGAUCCGAGGAUGAGGCUGGCCUGAAGUCUGAGAGUGACAAAGAAAUAGAAGAGCAGCUCACCAAGAGGAAAGCUCUUUCUCAGACUGGCUGCUCUGCUCCACGAAGGAAAUUCGUCAGCGAAUCUGAGAAUGGAAGCUCGGAUUCUGAGCUCGACGCGCAGACCAAGCAGAAGAGCUGGCAGAGCAACGGGCACAAACAGCUCCGGGGCCCUGUGUGCUCUUUGUCUCCCCAAGUGCGGAGUCCCACCUUAGACCUUUCAGAGGAGGACUCCAAAAGCCGUAAUUCUGAGGGUGGGAGCAGCCACAAGGUUUCUGACCAGUCAGCAUCUGCACAUCACAAGCCUGCAGCGAGCAACUCUGAGGAUGAGGCGGACUCGGACAGGUGGAAUGGCAGGAAAGCCUCCGGGCUGCAGCUGUCUCCUCCUUUAAAAAAAGCAAAAGUCUUGAGUGAUUUAGAGGACACAGCAGAAUCUGAAACAGAAGCCAGAGAGGAGGAGAAGAGUUUUGUGUGGGAGAGCUUGGUGCCCACUAGGAUUGUGAGGAGUUCCAAAUCUGGAGCUGCCUCCAGCUUCCAUCACUCUUCUGAUUCAGACUCGGAGAGUGAUUCCAAUAACAGCAAUUACUGUGAAACUUCUGCAAAAACAAAGAUGAGGAAGAGGAAAGGAAAAACAAAAGUCGUUAGAAAAGAGCCAGCAUCAGAGGAAGCCGGCCAAAGUCCCAAAGUGCUGCGGAGCAGGACGUGCAUCAUCAACUACAAGAAGCACACCAAGGUGCCCGGCGUGGGGGAGAAGAAGAACCCCCGCAGGUGUGCCACGCUGGCGGCCAACAAGAUCAAGAUCAUGAGCCAUGCAAAGGAGGAAUUAUCCAGCUCAGAAAGCGUUUACCCGGUCAGAAAGAACCGCAAGCAGCUCCAGGGCAGCGCGUCCACGGCCUGCAGGAAGAAGCUGUUCAACAGCUCGGAGGUGGAGGCUUGUUCCAGGUCUGAAAAUGAGAGUGAGCAGGUUUCUGGCAGGAAAAAACCUUCCUGCCCGGAGUCUUCUGUUUCUAGAAGGAAAUACGUUAUUGAGUCGGAGAAUGAAAGGACUGACUCGGAGACAGAGACUCCGAAGGGGAGCGAUAACCAUGUGCAGCCACGCAAACCCCUCUGUGCUGCAGCUCUGAAUAAUUUUGACUACAACUCUUCGGAGGAGAAUUCCACAAACCACAGGGUAGAAAAUGGGGGAAAGUGGGGAAUUUCUAGGCAGGCAGCUUCAGCCCACAACCAUUGUACGAGUAACUCCGAAGAGGAGGUAGAUUGUGACUUAGCUAAACUUGAAACUAAAAAUACCAGAGUAGCAGCAAAUAAAAAACCCAGAGCUUCUUUCAAGAGAUUAAAACAGGCGGAGGGCUUCAGAGAAACAGCAGAAUCCGAAACGGGGGGGAAGAAAAAGGAGAAAAGCUCCGUGUCCGAGGACAUGGAAGCAGCCGGGACUGCAGGGAGCUCCAAAGCCAACUUCACUCGUUCCUCCUCGGACUCCGGGACCGACACCACCGUCUGCAGCGACGCCACGGAAACCAGGAAACGCAAGAGGAAAUCCAAACCUGGCAGGAAAGAAACCCUCAACUACGACUCGCUGAAACCUUCCAGGAGACCGCAGCGGAGGAAACGGUGGAAACGAGGCAGCCAGGAGCGGGACUCGGAGGAGGUGGAGUACGGCGAGUGCCGGCGGGCGCGGCGCCGCUCCAAGAUCCGCACGCGCAACGGCGGCCGGCGCACCGUGCGCUACGACGACGGCGACGACGACGACAGAGCCCUCGAGGACGCCGAGUGCGAAACGUAACCUUAACAAAAGGAAAGCCGGCCCGUCUCUUUCUUUUUUUUUUUUUUUUUCCCCUUGUUUUUUUUUUCCUUUUUUUUUUUUUUUUUUUUUUAAUGGUAAUAGCACUAGAACUCAUGGGUGCUGGCUCUUCUUUGUCCUACAUUUCAGGGAAUAUAUUUAUAUUUUUCUAUGAAAAAGUUAUGAAUGUGAUUAGAUGAUGACUUUGCUCCUUUUUCAUAUUUUGACUUGCACUUGCCUGCCCAUGUAGCAGCAUUUAGCACAGAUGCCAAAAUGUGCCUCAUUAUAGGGGCAAUUUUUUGUCUUUACUGGUAUUUUAUUACAUAUAAACAAGAGUUAAAAAAAUGUUAAAACACUGCAAACAGGUUAAUAGCAGUAUGUUGAGUAUUAUUGUUAUGGGUGCUGCAAUGAAAUACUACCUAGGUCAUGCAACAUUCAAGAACAGGUUUCAAACAUCUCUAAUGCUGUAUGAAAUCAUCUACAGUAGUAACAGGCUUCUAAAUAACUGUACACACUCUAAAAACCUGGUAGAGAAAGAGGAAUGAAAAGGCUGAUAACUUCACAGCUUGAUUCAGUGCAGGUGCUGAAUGUUCCGUGCCUGCAUUGCUGAUCAGCGUUUACCAGCGAAGAAGUUGAUUUGCCAUUUCCAGAGGCUGUGGUGAACAGGGGGUUCUGCUGACAGGUAGUACAUCAUUAAUGUGACUUCUAUACUGUAAACUUUUAAGAUUAUGAAAUGCAGGUGAACUCUUGGGCCUAAAGGGGGUUUUUUUUGUGUGUUUUCUUUAUAAAAUAGAAAAAACAAACAAAACACUUGUUCCUGUUUUCUUUAUGCGUGGAAAGCUUGAGGUGCAGGAUUCUGACAUUCCAGACCUUUUUUUGCUACGUUUCCGUUGUUCCUCCAUAUUUGAAGUGUUUGAAUGUUGGAUUUCCCAUUGAUUAAACGUUACCAGUUUCUGAGCACUGCAGUACAUCUCCUGUUUUCACAAGGUUUGAGGUGGCCCUUGUUGACAAGAAAGAAAAUUUCUCCGGAAAAUACGUGGAAAUCCCUGGUUGAAUACAUAUCAACGGACAAAAACACAGCAACUCUAAAUCCUGAAGUUUUCCCUGGAAUUGUGCUGGUGGGAUCCCCCCAAAUGGCUGCCCCCAGCUCAACACCAGGAAUUUCUGUUCCUUCCCCACUCCAGGGUUCCUCCUUUGCUCUGCAGCUUCCCUUUCUUGCAACUUCAGAAAACUUGGUGAUUCCUGAUUUCAUCAUUCAGUAGAAGAUGUGGCAGAAUAUCAGAUUUAUCCUAACCUAGCUUAUUUGAACUGAACUAGCAAAAGUUUGGGGAUUGGUUUUCCAGCAGGUUGGACUGGUAGUGGAUCUGGAAGGGUUUGGGGGUAAAGAAAUUCAGUGCAGCUGCACAAUCCUGGUGAAUAAUGACAGAGCUCCUUGUACAAAUGGAAAUGCAUCAUGGAAAAGGGAGCUGGCAUCAUUGAGAGCCACUUCUCCAACACCCUCACUGACAUUGUCUGCAUUUACCAUCACUUUUGCUGUCACAUUUACUGUCCUGGAUAUUAUCUCAGCAUAGAGAAAUACUAUUUUUUUUUUUCUUCCUUAAAACUUCCAUGGGUGAAGUCCAAAAACAACUAAAAUUGUUCUUGCCCCUGGAAGUUUUAUUUAGAGCAUAGUCUGUAAUAGGAUGCAGCAGAAUUUUGUAAAUUCAAGAUGUUUAUCUGGAUUCUUUAUUUGGUUUCUGAAAUACAAGCACUGUUGUGAUUAGUGAUGAAACUUGAAGGUGGCUUUGGUUUUUUUGAGGAGCAAACUUCGUUAUAGGGUAGUAAGCCCACUAUUCUUUUGUAUUUUCCAUAAACUUUGUUGUUUAGCAGCUGCUUAUUCUCAGUGUUCUCUGGAGUACAACCUCCAAUUUGGGAAUAACCGAACAUCAGAGGUUUUUUUUAUUGAUUUUCCAUUUGAACAGCUAAAAUUUGGCUGGUAGGUUUGUAUUUCUAAUCUAGGCUUAGAUUUACAAAGCUGGUUUUCUUUUCAGGCGCUGUAUUCUGUCACUGCACGCACAGGUUCAUGGCGAUCCCUGAAAGCUGGAGAAGGUUCUGGCCUCUGGAGCUGUAGAUCCCAGAGGGAAUCACUGCCUUAGGAACCCUGACACUUCUAUUUGCUAAGCAAAGUAUGUGCUGGUCUGUAUUUCCUAAUUUUAUACACAUAGGCAGUAGGAAAUUAUUAAACUGGAAAGGUAUUUUGGAGUCUUUCACCCUUUGUUUAUUUAUUUUUAAUUUAUUAAAGGAGCAUGGUGACUCUUGCAGAAGUGGGAGUCCUUUCACCUUCCUUUAAGUGAGCAGUUUUGGUUUGGUCUAGCUGUACUCAGGGAAGUAGUAGACCCUUGAAAGUAGGAUCUUUAUUUAAUAAUGUGACUUUUGGACGGGGUGUUUUGAUUUGUUUUUAAAGCAGGACCUGGCUCUGUGAUAGUGAUCAGCCAGCAUGAACAGAGGGAAACAUUAAAGUGCAGGACAGAAUCAGAAUCAAAUUCUUUCCUGUUGAAGGCUUUGAUGAUGUACAUGUGUUA